AAUGAAAGCGAAAACGUCUGUGGAUAAUUAACAAAUUGAGUGUAAAACCCUUCUCUCUCUCUCAAGGUUGAAGAUGAUGACAACAGUAGGAUUUGCUCAAUCGAAUUCUUUUCUUCUAUUCUUGAGAAGUCAAUCCAUCGAAAAGAAUAAAGCUUCGCGAGCAAAAUGGGUCACUUCUUCUUCUUCUUCUUCACAUCUUCGCGCAUCUUCAGUAUCGCCCUCUUCCACUGAGGCAUUUCAUCGAACAGAUUAUGGGCAAGCUAUUGCCAAUGAUGGUAUGAAUGAAGAAAGCAGGAAGAAAAAGAAAAGGGUCUUCUUCUUAGACGUUAGUCCACUCUGCUACGAAGGAAACAAGCCAAGUUCACAAGCUUUUGGUCACUGGCUUUCACUCUUCUUCUCUCAAGUCAGCCUCACCGAUCCCGUCAUAGCUGUUCUUGAUGGAGAAGAAGGUAACAAGCUACGCCGAGAGUUACUGCCUUCAUAUAAAGCGCAUAGGAAAUCACCAAAUCCUGGGAAAUACUCCAAAAGGCCACACCAAUUCGUUGAAGAAGUUCUUAGAAAAUGCAAUGUGCCAGUUGUUAGAAUACAAGGGCAUGAAGCAGACGAUGUGGUGGCUACACUUAUGGAACAAGCCGUGCAAAGAGGGCACCGCGCCGUUAUUGCAUCGCCUGACAAAGACUUUAAGCAGCUGAUCUCAGAAAAUGUUCAGAUUGUCAUUCCAUUGGCUGAUCUCAGAAGAUGGUCUUUCUAUACACUGAAACACUACCAUGCCCAGUAUAACUGUGAUCCACAGUCUGAUUUGAGCUUUCGAUGUAUAAUGGGUGAUGAGGUCGAUGGAGUUCCGGGGAUUCAGCACGUUGUCCCGGCGUUUGGAAGAAAAACAGCGAUGAAACUUGUGAGGAAACAUGGUUCUCUGGAGAGUUUACUAAGCGCUGCAGCUGUAAGAACUGUGGGGAGACCUUAUGCUCAAGAAGCCCUUACCAAAUAUGCAGAUUACUUGAGAAGAAACUAUCAAGUUCUUGCCUUGAAAAGAGAUGUGAAGGUACAGAUUGAAGAGCAAUGGCUGGUGGAGAGAGAUACAAGCAAUGACUCAGAAGUACUGUCAAGUUUCUUCUCAACCUUGCAUGGAUGAUACUAAGAAACCUCAAGCAAACCAACACAUCUUGGUGCUAACCAUUCAAUGGAUAUCUACUCAAGAAGUGAUGUUAGCUUCUGCUAGCGGCUAAUCUUUUAGUUAAUUCGCAAGUUCACAGUGUAGUUGCAUACUGGAUUUGGUUUUAUACUUCCUUCCAUAUAUGUGGUGAAUCUAUAUAUCGAAUUAGUUGGUAUUAUAACAUGAAGAUAAAGGAGAGGUCAAUUCAUUGCCUAAAA